UCUCUAUGGCCUUGUGAAACCGCUGACCACAAAGCUCACAAACGAUAGAGGCAUUAAAAAAAAGUUCUUUUUGUCUGCAGCCGGAUUUCCGAGUGACUUUUCACCGCCAUGACAGUUGCGCCUUAGAGUGGUAAAAGCAACGGUUUCUCAUAGGAGCCAAUGGAGAAGUAGACAAGACUUUCUUGUUGCAAUGAUUUGAUAGCAGUAUGUAAGCAAGUCAGACAGACAGACGGACAGACCAGAGCUACAAAACUAAAGACAAGCAGUUCAUGCUCUUUCAAUCGUUGGAUGUUACUUGGGGGCGGGAACAAGGGGAAGUCAGCUCCUGGCUGUGAUUGGUUAACACAAGACAUGUGCCUCACGCUGAUUGGACCUCUGCGCAGACUGUCUCUUCCCUCGUGAUCUGUGUUAGGAGGCACGAGGGAAGAGAUGAAUAGGCAGGGGGAGCCUGCUAGUGUCUGACUCUGAGAGGAAAAAAUGGACGCCGGAGGAAAAAGCCAGGGCAAGGACAACAACGGAGGAGAAGGCUGCAGCAGAAUGGCGAAGAGCUGUGGAGAGACGCCUGUUGCAGGUUUUGCUGCUGAGAGCAGCAGUCAGUUAGUGCGGCCACUUGAGUCACAGCUUGUUGAUCCUGAGGAGGCAAAACUAGAAAGUGAGGUUCAGAAAGGAGGCCCUGUGCACGAGGAGGAGGAGGGCAUGAAGCAGUGCCAGUUGCCCACAGCCACAUCUGCAGAACAGCAAGUACCAUGGUUUGGCUUUGAGAAAGCUUGUACAUUUGUGAGCCAGAGUGGGAAAAAUGUUGUACGAUGCAAUUACUGCCUUCCAAGGAUCAAAAAUCUGAGAUCAGCUGUUUCCUCCUCAUCCAAUGUGAAGAAACAUUUUGAGAGGGCACACCCUGAGAAGCUGAGAGCAAUUGAAGAAGCAAUAAAGGCAAGGAGACGUUGCCUUCCUAAACCAAUGCAUGACACCCCUCCUCCCAAAAUGCUGAAGCAGCAGCAGACAACCCUUGAGAGGUGGGGAUCUGGCAGGGAUCUGCUUCUUCUGGCAGCCUGCGUACACCCUCGCUUCAAACUAGAUCGGCUGGAAUCGUGUCAGGCCACCACCCAUACCAACAAAUACACAAUGGAAGCCUUGCUGAAAGCCGAAAUAAAGAUGGGUGUGCUUAAUGAGGACAGUGAUCAGUCUUCAGAUAAAGACCAGGAAGGAGAUGACUUAGCAGAUGACUUCUUUAACUUUCUGCCCCAGGGCAAGAAGUCAGCAGUGGACACUGCUGAGGAGGAACUGGUGAGGUACCUGAGGUCUCCCAGCAGGGAAGUGACAUCACUCCAUGGCUUUCCACGUGUGCUGCGGUGUUUUUUGCAGCACAACACAGGCAUGCCUUCAAGCGCCGCAGUAGAACGCCUGUUCAGUACUGGUGGCAACGUAAUGACUGUAAAAAGACAUUCCUUGUCUGACAUGCUCUUUGAGCAUCUUGUUCUUUUGAGACAUAACAGAAACAUAUUAUAAAAGCAUUUCAAGUGUAAAAUUUGAUUUCAAGAGUUGGGGUAUCUUCAUUGCUUGGGGGGAUGUGAGAUUCUGUUAUGCCAUUAUGUCAAUCUUAUGGAUAAUUUUUUUUAUUCUACUACCCCGUGUGUGUGUGUUUAUUUUUAAUAUUGUUUUAGGCUUCUUAGAUGUGCAGCAGCCAAGGCCAGCACCUUGUAGGAGUUUUUUUAAAAAGUAACUGAAAUGUAAUUGUAGUGAUUACUUUUGAGAAAAAGUAAAGUAAUCAGUUACUUUCAGAGCAAUUGUAACGGUAAUUACUACUUUUUGGGCCAAGUAAUUGUAACUGUAAUUUAUUACUUUUUAAAAGUAAUCUUCCAAGCUCUGGGUCUGCCUAGUAAACGUCACAAGAUGUCGCCCUAAGAGUCGGAAACGACUCGCACUAUAAGUGCAGGGACACCUUUACCUUUUUUUUAAUCUGAGCUGAGUCCAACGGUUAUUAUGACCGUCAUGCAUCUGAUGAAGUGGGCUGUAGUUCACAAAAGUUCUAUCAUGAAAAAGUGUCAACCUUUAGUAUUCCCACAAGACUCUAUUGCUUUUGCUGUAAAAGAACAACAUGGCUACUCCUUCAGAAAUUGUUAAAAUGCUAGUAUGGAAGUUAUGCGCACUCCUUUUUUCUCUCACUUACAUAUGCAGGGCCUAUCCUACCAUUAAGCACAAGGCCCAACCACCACAAUCCCCCCCCCAGCUAGUCUGCCUUGCAUCCCCCGAAGCCAGCGGUCUUCAAUAGUUUCAGACCCAAACCUACCUUUAACCCAAACAUGCAGUCGGGGACCCAUUUAAAAAAAACCCUUACCAUGUAUUUGUAUGGUAGUAAUGCCGCUAUUGCGACCCACGUUAGAAUAUGACCCAGUUGUGGGUCCUACUCCGCCAGCUGAAGGCAAAUACAUUAAGCUAGUUUGUGGAUCUCAGGUGUGAUGGAAUGACACUGUUCUGUUGCCAGCAGUGAAUAAAUUUUCUACCAGCAUUCUGGUUGGCUAUUAUUAUUAACUAAAUUUAUAUCUUGCCCUUCCUCCUGGAAGGCACCCAGGGCAGCAAACAAUGACAAAACACUAAAAACUUCUACAAAACGUUAAAAAUGUUUUAAAUGAUUUUUUAAAAAAACUUUUAAAACACCUUAAAAAGUUCCAACACAUAUGCGGACUGUCAUGAUGUCUCUACUUAAAAGGUUUGUUGAAGAGAAAGGUCUUCAGAAGGUGCCAAAAAGGCAACAGAAACACAACCUGUUUAAUAUUUAAGGAGAAGGAAUUCCAAAGGGUAGGUGCCAUAACACUAAAGGCCUGAUUCCUAAGUUGUGUGGAAUGGACCUCCCGAUGAGAUGGUAUCUGCAGGAUGUCCUCAUCUGCAGAACGCAGUGAUCAACUGGGUAUACAAGGGACAAGAGGAUCUUUCCUAUAUCCUGGUCCCAAGCUGUAUAGGGCUUUAUACACCAAAACCAGAACCUUGAACUUAGCCUGGUAGCUAAUGGGCAGCCAGUGCAAUUCUUUCAGAAGCGGGGUGACAUGUUGGUGAUGUCCUGCCACAAUGAGCAGUUGCACCGCUGCAUUUUCCAUGUGGAAUGGGGGGCAUCAUUUCAUCCUUUGAGGCAGCAAAAUGUCAGGAGCAUAUGAACUGCUAGAAGUUUCUUUUAGUAAAAAAAUAUUGCUUCCACAAAAUUAUCUCAGCUUAUAGCAAAAGUAAAUCUAGUAAAUAAAUGGACACCUCAGUCACCUCCUCAGUCUUUCCCCACUCCCUCUGACUGCUCAGUUGAAUGCAGACACUUGUAGAUAUAGCUACACCAUACAGAGGUUGCAAUCCUAUAAGUAUUAGUUGUAGAUUCUAUACACUUACGAAAUGGCUUUUGAACGCCCCUUUCCCAUCAAUUCACCAACACUCAAGGAUCAAAAUGAAGCAUUACUUGUGCCAGCAUUAACUAGACAUGUAACUGUAUAUGCAGUGGAUUGAUUCAGCAGAAUACAAUAUGUAUUUGCCUUCUUCUAAAUUAAUAUGCACUACACACUCUAAUCACAAUAGUUAGGGCCAAUCAGAUCACCCUAACUGAAAAAGCAACAUAUGUUAAAUGAAGAUUAAUUUAUUUAAAAGAUUUUUUUUGUCACAUGAACAGAAAAAAAUCAGCGAAGAACAUCUUAUCAAAAGUAUAAAAUACUGUUCUUUUGGCAGACCGUUACAUAGAACUUCUUUGAUUUUACAAACAGAAUUAUCUGUCAAUUUAAGAAAAAGCUGAAAUAUUUCUAUACAUAGUGCUCUUAGUUAUGUACCAGCUAGGAUGCAUGCCCCCCCCAAAAAAAAACCAAAGGGGAAAGAAAAGAAAAACCACCAUAUCAUAUAUUAUGAAAUUAAGCAUUUUAGUGCAAACCUGAAUAGUAUUACACCCUGAAGUUAAACCACAUGCAAUUCAGGUGCAAUUAAGCCAUAACAGGCAAAGUUUUAUUUUUUUAAAAAAUAAAAAGAACUACAUUAAAAUGUUUAUUACUUUAUCUCCAAAGAACAUUUUUUACACUACACUGCAACUCUGAAAUUAUUUACAGCUUUUCUGUAACAAUAUAACAGCAGUUAAAUAUGUCUGAAAAUAAGAUUUCUCCAUAAAAUAGAUUUUUUUCUUUUGUUAUGUACAAUUUUCAUCUAAUUCACUACUGGAACUGUACUGUAAUAAACAUGAACCAUUAACAAAAGGAAAAAUAAAAGAUCAAGUUUUCUGGCAAAAUUUAAACCAUAUUUAGAUAAUAUUUAUCACUGCAACGUUUUAGAAAUACAGAAUCUACAUAAAAAGUUGCACACACAUCAAUAUUUCUUCCAGGGAUUAUUUUGAGAUUCUCUUUGGUUAUUUUAAGCCAUGUCAUUUUCUCCAUAAUAUUUUUACAGGAUAGUAAUUUUUCCUGUAACACCUUUCAGAGUAAUGCAAGGAUGCUACUAAAUGACAGCUUUGCAGUUAUAAAUCUGAAGGAACAGCCAAUGCACUGCAAUUUCACACUAGAGAUCACUCUCUCAGGGGACAAGAACCUAUGUUACUCUAAACUUUCAUGUUUUAACAAGGCUUUAGAACAGAAGCUUGUUACACAGGCUUGCUGGUGUAACAGAAGAUCUGCCAUAUCAUGUACUCAAAUGUAAACUAUGAAUCAGUUUUGGAAGGAUCUACUGUUGUAUAUUAUACACACUAGCCUCCUCGCUUUAAUUAUUGGUUAGAAAUCAUGCUUAUGUCAUAAUAGGCCUCCAAAGAUUUAUUGUCACAAAUACUUGCAAUUUGAUUGCCUAAGACUGUCCAAUUGGUUUCAAAGAAUAGCUCAGCUGGUCCUGUUAUAUGGCUUUUCUGCAGAUUUUUAGAUUCUGUGUCGGCUGCUAAACUAGAAUUCUAAGAGGGUGUAAUAAAUCUUCACUUGUGUGAUCAUUCUUUAAUGGCUAAUCUGCUCCCUUGUAUGGAAUGAUUAAAUUGCAUCGUGGAAUUUUUUUUAACUGAUCGGUCUAGAUUUGCACUACAGGAAAACAUUUACAUUGAUAACAUUUCAGGUGAUGUUCUGUACUGUGUUAGCCUGGCAAUAUCAUGAUAUGACAUAAUUUAAGAUACUGUAUUUGUGAUGAGGAAGCAAUGGAAGAUACUGCACACUAUUUCAUUUGUUCUUUGAUCAAAGAAAUCCAAGAAUAGAUUCCUGUGCCUACUACUG